AUGGCGCAGGUUUCGGCAGCAACGGUGCGAAAAACUGGUCGAACGAUAGCGACAAAAGCAUUGAUUAUCCAGGAAUAUAAGCGUCGAUUACGGGACAAUAUCCGAUCGUUGAAUGAUAAUUUCGUCCAUAUCAUCUCUGCUGCAAAGAUUAAUAUGGAUGAUGCAGCGCACAAGAAUCCGUUUGGUCGAAUGACCGAAUACUAUACGUUGAAAAAUGAAAUUUCAGUACGUGCUUCACUUAUGAUGCGGGCUGCCGAUGAGCUGUACAAAUUGGCACAUGAUCUAAAAGAAUUUCUGAUCCUUCACGAUUUCAACUUUUUAAGUUAUGCCAUUCAAAGUGCUGAGGAUCGUGCUGAAAAGAAAUUGGAUGACUGUAUAAUGCGAUACGAUGGAAUACGUUUGGAUACUUCAUCCAUUAUAACAGAUAUUGAUAGAGAAUUGAUGGAUCAUUUUGCACUGAGGCACUAA